CCGCAUAGUGAGAUAAAUAGAGAGUACGAAGAGUAAAUAAAUAAUUCGCGUGACUCGGUUGUUAAAACGGUCGUUGGUACGAUCGAAUGUUAUCGAAAAGAAUCAAUUAUCCCAGCCCCGAAUAACCGCUGGUAAUAUCGGCCUGCAGCUCGGUACCAGUACCCGAUCGAGUAAUAAGAGAAAAAUAGUGCAAUCGUGUGCAUGCGGUUAAUUCCCGAUAUCACAAAACACGAUGCUCCGUUUACGAAGCGAUACGCAAAGGCGAGUUCGGCUGGUGUAGCUCACGAGAUCUGUACCGCAGCAUGAAGGAGAUGCUUGGAGGUUGCUGCGUAUGUUCGGACGAGAGGGGUUGGACGGAGAAUCCGUUGGUUUAUUGCGAUGGCCAAGGGUGCACGGUCGCCGUACACCAAGCUUGUUAUGGGAUUGUUACGGUACCGACUGGCCCAUGGUAUUGCAGAAAAUGUGAAUCGCAAGAACGCAGCGCUCGGGUGCGCUGCGAGCUGUGCCCAAGCAGGGAUGGAGCUCUCAAGAGAACGGAUCAGGCAGGCUGGGCCCACGUUGUGUGUGCCCUUUACAUACCUGAGGUCAGAUUUGGCAACGUUACGACGAUGGAGCCAAUUAUCCUGCAAUUGAUACCAUCAGAGCGAUUCAGUAAGACAUGUUACAUCUGUGAGGAACAAGGUAGAGGCGGCAGAGCUAAUGUGGGAGCUUGUAUGCAAUGUAACAAAGCAGGUUGCAGACAACAAUUUCAUGUUACUUGCGCUCAAGCUCUGGGAUUGCUUUGCGAAGAAGCUGGUAAUUAUUUGGACAACGUAAAAUACUGCGGUUAUUGUCAGCAUCAUUAUUCAAAACUGAAAAAAGGGGGUAACGUUAAAACAAUUCCUCCAUAUAAACCAAUCCCAGCAGACAACGGUUCAUCGGAUUCGUCGCCCGAAAAAGAGGCUGAAACACCUGUAAAAACGUCGAGCAGCGGUAAGCGCAAGAGUUCAAACUCAAAGAUGAACGCGGCGUCGUCGUCGUCAUCGUCUAGUUCAAAGAGUAAAUCAAGCGCUAGUCCUAGCUUAGAAAUAAAUGGAAAUGCCGACGAAAAAAGUGGAAGUGGUCGUAAUACGCCUAAAGAAAAUUCUUCCGACACAAGUAAAUUCACCACCUCAAAUUUCGUAGAGACCGUUGUCACUCAGUCGGAGAGUGUUUUUGGGCACGAGAACGUUACUGCAAAGUCUGGAUCUAAUUCAAAUGUGAUUCACAAAAGCAGCAGCCUGUCCAAAUCCAGUUCGUCCACGUCCGGUAAAGCCUCUAGCCAUGCAACCAAAAAGAGAAAAACCGGCGCCCGAACACCGACUGUUAUUGGAAAUGAAAAUUCAAAUCAUUCCAUUAGUUCCGAGGCAAGUGGGUCGGUUGUUGUCGCUGUUAGUUCAGUCGUUCAGCAAACUAUUAACACUAACAUUGUUCUACCAACCGUUACCGAAGCUACCAGUCUGAGUACAACCACCGAACCUGAGAAAACAAAAAAGUCAAAAAUAGAGAGUCCAUCGGUGCAAUCAUCCUUGCAUCCUCCAAUCACAACUGAGACUACAACAACGACUCCGGUUAUAACAUUGAUAACUCAAGCUCAACCUUCAGUUCCUGCCCAGUCGCCUACUACGACUUCCAACAGUAUUGUUGUCUCCGUGCCAUUGACGGCAACUUCUCUUCCCAGCUCCGUUCAGAGUGUUGUUACAAGCGCUCCGACCCUCUAUCAACAAAUACAGCAGAGUGUUGUCACUACCGCUGCUACCAAUGAUUCCAAACGAAGUCCAAUUCCAGCUGAUGAUAUGCCAACCAAGAGGUCACGGUCACAGUCGUCGGACAAGCCGGAUAAACUGCGGAAGCCGAAACGGGGUGCUACGUCAAACAGUCAGCCGGUUCCGCCACCGCCACUAACAACAUCUACAAUAUCAACAUCCCUUCCCAACAGUAUAGUUAGCACAACUAAACGUGGAAGUCGAAGUAAUCAUCAGACGCCGCCACCAUUGAUAACUGUGGCUCCAGUACCAUCCAUAAUUCAAGGACCCAGUCAACCAGUCGGUCAUUUCAGCAGUGUUGGAACUGGUUCAGGCAUGGGACCCACUGUUAAAGACUCACCACCUAGCAGCCCUGGUUCGGAAAGUAUGAGCAACUCUGGACCUGUUCGACGAAAGCGCAAGAGCGCCGGAGGAGCUUCUACCACACCAACGCCUUCCACAUCAAGUUCCACUCCGACGGCCAUGGCGAACAGUACUAAGGAUGAAAAGGAUAUAAAAUUGUUCCAAAAUGGUGUCAGCGCGCCACACAUGCUUGGGAAUCAAUUGAAUCCGACUUCUACAAUGGCACAAAAAAUGUCUGACACACUUACUCAAGAAUUAGAGGCUCACGCGAUUUUCACCGAUGCUAAUAAUCCUACGAGUAGUUUGGUUGGACCACAGCUACACAGUCGUGUCAUCGCCUCUAUAAGAUCCAGCCAAUCUGUACCUGCCACAACGUCUUUGUCAUCCGUAUUCGCAACUAAUACUGGUCCAAAUGCUGGCGGAUCUGGCAGCAAUGUGUUGGGUGGAGGUGCAAUCCCUCAGACGUUGGAUCAAUUGCUCGAAAGGCAGUGGGAACAGGGCAGCCAAUUUCUGAUGGAACAGGCCCAGCACUUUGACAUUGCCUCCCUUUUAUCGUGCUUACAUCAAUUGCGAGCGGAAAACCUGAGGCUAGAAGAGCAUGUCAACAGUCUACUGCAAAGAAGAGAUCAUCUGCUAGCAGUGAACGCUCGACUAGCUAUUCCACUGACCACGCAACCAAACACACAUACAGAUUCUCUUUUUCAUAUAGUGAACAACAUACAUCCUUCGGUGAAUCCAACGCAUUCGAAUAUUCCGCAUCCGGAUAUACAACCGGGAGCACCCGCCCCAGUUUCCCGGGUCAGCCGUGAACCCCGAGUGAAUAAUAGCUACUUACCUCAUUCAAGUUCCAGUUCGCAUUCCACUGUCAUGGAAAACGGAUUACCACCCGAUCCUUCCCCGCCUGCAGCUGCCUCCAUGACGCAGUACCAACACAGAGGCUCACUUGUUCCUCCCCAACCAAGUCCAACGAUCAGGCAUAGUCCAGCUGGAACCGGUUACCAUCAAGGUCAACCUAGCAAUAUCGUUUCGCCUGCAAGUGCAAACAGCUCGGGUGUUGUUCGAAAUUCAUCGGUGACACCAGAUCCGCUGCGAGGUGUACCUAGAUCCGUGGCGCCUUCAUCGAGCAGCUACAUGCCGACAAUGUACCAGCAAACAAUGUCCAACUUGGCUAGCAGUCAAGUGGGAAGCAUACACAACAUACAUGCACACGGACCUACGCCUACCAGCCACGGGCCUCCGGGCAAACCCAGCUGAAGGUAGGUGCGAGCCCAGAACGGGCACAACAAUGCAUCUUCAACUAGAUCUCAGGCUACCCCUUGCGCUAGCCAACCGCGUUUUCAUCGUAAGCGGUAAACUGCUCGGAGCUAACAAACAUACAGAUCGGUAGUACACGUAUUGGUACGGGAAAAAAGAAAUCGAGAUGAAUUUAAUGAAUGUAAGUAUAAUCAAGUCGUGAGGUUGAGGUAACAUGAAAACUUAGUUACCUGGAGAGAAUAUCUAUCUUGUCCUUGUUAAAUCAUCUUCGCUGGAAGUUAACUGUGUUCUGCGACAGAAUUUUACUUGCAAUUAGAAGUGGGUUUACAUUCAGUGAAGUCUCCAUUCAAGGGUAUUAAUUAGCAUUGAUUUACCCUUUUUUCCUUUUAUUCUUCACAUUAUGGGGAUACGUAUCGCAUGUACACAAUUAUUGUCCUCGGGUGAUUCGCGUUAGCAAAAAACAUCUCGCCCGUAAUGAAAAAUCGACUGCAUAUCCAGACGGAAUAGAAUUAACAGUUUUCAGCGCAUUUCAAUGCUGGAAAAAAAAAAAAAAUUAUUACUCUCCCACGGUCGUUUCAACCGAAUCACGUUGUUCAAGAUAUUUAAAUGCAUUUCUAAGAAUAUGUUUAUAUUAAAUAUCCAAUUGGCAGUACAAAAAAAAAAAAUAUAUAUUCUAUGCAUCUGUAUUGUUGUCAAACGAAUUCCAAUUUACUAGGAAUGAUCCGUAAGUAACACUUUUAGUAUGUGAAGCGAAGAUAUUAAACUAAAAACUUGCAAAAAUUAAUGUCAAUUACAUGGCGCAAUAGCUUUUAAUUCUAUUUUUUGCGAGAAGUGCACCAGCUGUUUUAUGUGUUUUUGUUACG